GCGUUUCCACCGACUUUGAAUUCUAAUGCGAAUUCGAAUUGAUUUCGGUUCAAUUGAAUAACAAUAAAUGCGGAAAAUUCGCAAAUGAUGCGAAGGCGACUCUGAAAAAAAAUGAGAAUUAAGUAGUCAACAAAUGGGACCAAAUCACAACGACUUCAAGUGUUUACAAGUGCAGCUAGAGAUUUGUCACUUUCACGCUGACCGCAAGCAGCAGCAGGAGCUGGAUCAACUGGCGAGUGAAUCAAAAGCGUCAAAAUAGGAGCGUCGACAUCGUCGACAGCAGCGUCACAAGCUUUGCCCGGUGACGGCUCGAGGAUGUCGGCGCGCAAGCCACCAACAGUAGCAGUAACAACAACAACAGCAGCAGCAACAGCCGAAGGAACAGGAUCAAAGCCUGAUAACAAUAAUGUAGCUUCGCCUACGAUAGAGAUGGAAGCGUCCCAAGGGGACGAAGCAACAACAACAGGGGAAACAACAGCAACAGUUGCAGCAGGAGAAUCAUCAGCAACAACUGCAACAACUGCAUCUGGUGAUGCCGAACAGGAUCCGGAUAAAGAUCAAGAUCGAGAUCGAGAAACGGAUAAAGAUAGCAACAAAGCGUAUCAUCCGUCACCAUUAACAACGGAAUGCGGCUCGCCACGAAAGACGCACAGUGAUAGCUCCAGUUUGGGAAAGAAUCUUCGUGUCACGCGGCAUUCAUCGCCACUGCUUCUGCUCAACUGCUCUGGAGGGGGAGGCGGCGGCGGAGUGAGCGAUGGGGAGGAGCUACCAAGUGGCAGCAACAGUAGCCAAGGCAGCCAAAGAAAGAGCUCCGCCGAUCGUCAGACAUUAAUACGUGGCCGCAAGUCCAUUAAGGAUCUGAAAGAAGUGAAGGAAGCAGCCGUUAAGCUGCUGGAGGAAUUAAACGUUAAGGACGCAACUUAUGAAAUGGAUUCCGAGGGAACAAUUAUGAUACUCCCAGAACAGUAUGUAAAAGACCAAAAGGAUACGAAAGACACAAAAGAUACAAAUACCAAGUCAACGGUGGACGGAGAUAAGGACUUAAAGGACUCUAAAGAAAAGGAUAAGGACAAGGAAAAGGAAACAACACCAACUCCAACGCCGGUUCCGAUUCCGACUCCGAUAGUCCAGCCAACUCCGACACCGACUCCAACUCCUACGUGCAAUCGUGUUACUCGCAAAGCGCAUGCCCAGGAACUCGCAUUGGCCAACAACAAUACACGGGUGACCCGCAAUCGGCGUCAGUCCUCGACGGUCAACAAUGAACCACAGCUGCCUGCCCGUGGGCGACGAAAAAGGCUAGCGCCACCGGAUCCCAAGGAGUUUUUGAAACGCAAGCGAUCCGACGAUGACACAGAGUUGGGACUGAAAUACGGAAAGCUGGAAGUCAAAGAGGAGGAGGAUGACCAUGAGUCGAGCACGACCUCCCUGGGCGCCGAUGAGUCGACGCCGGCCAAGUCAACGAUAAGCAUCAAGGUAGAACUGCCGGAUAGCGAGGAGCAAAUCACAGUCGCCACCGCCGCCUUGACCUCGCCAGCAGGAGCAACACCAGCAGCUGCGGUCACGCCCACACAACAGUCGGGGAACAGGCGCGGACGUGGCAGACCUCAGACAAAGGUGACACCUUCGACGAGCAACAGCAACACCGCCAGCAGCAGCACUACAACAACAGCAGCAACAACAACAACAACCAGCACACGAGCCACACGUCACAGCAAGGCGGGAUCCCCAGGUCUGCUCGCAGCAGUGACGCCAACGGAACCAACGCCGCCAAAGCGACGGCGUGUUGGAUCCGCUAAUCGCAGUCUGUUGGUCGCCAAGGCAACAUCGGCCAGCUCUAGUUCUCUGGCAACCAGUUCGCACGGUGGCGCUGCUGUUGAUGAGGACUCCAAGGAUAGUCUGGCCUCCUCCUCCAUGGACGAUCUGCUGUUGGCCGCGGCAGAGAUCAAGCAGGAGAAAAUGACGCUCGACUUUGAUGAGAGCUUUGUCGAUGCUGUUACAAAGCCAACAGAGCCACAUCCGGAGCCAGAGACAGUUGAACAUAUCAAUUCUGCCGAGGAUGCACAUGCUUCCACCAGUGCAGCCUCCUCCAAUGGCAUUGAACCGCUCACGGUCGAUACGGAUACGGAUACAUGCAAACCCUCUGGGAAUGUGCUUGGCCAGAUCGAGGAGGGGCCUGACCAGGUCAAGGGCCCCGCUCCUGAGAGUGAGGCAGAGGGAGACAGAGACGGAGAGGGAGAAACUGAAUCGAAUGAGGCUGGCAAAGCGCCCUCGCUGAGCCCGGAGAUGAUUAGCGAAGGCGUCAGCGCCAUUAGCGUUAAGCAGUUCUAUAAGAAGCCCGAGUUCCUGGCCAACAAUUUGGGCAUUGAAAAAGAUCCGGAGCUGGGCGAAAUUGUCCAAAUCGCGACUGAGGCACAAACGUCAACAGUUGAUGGGGAGACAGAGACGGAGAAGGACACGGAGACGGACAAGGAGACGGAUGUUGCCGCAGAUGUUGAAGCUGAGAUUGAAAUGGAUGGAGGUGAUGUUGAGACAAAACACGAUGAUUCCUACUCAACGGGCAUGGGAGAACUUCGUGUCGAUGAAAGCGGUGAUGAGGUGGAUCUGCUUAAACAGAAAUCCGACUCUGUAGAAGAAGCAGAAUCUGGAGAAGCAGAAGCAGAAGAGUCUGGAGAGGCAGCAACAGAAAAAACUGAAACAAUUGGUUCGCCGGGCGAGCUUAAUGGCGAAGAGACUGAGCUGCAAUCCAAGACGGAUGACUAUGAUGACUUUGAGAGUGAGAUUAUGGAGCAGCUGGCCAAAGAAGGCGUAGUGGAUGCUAGCGGCAAUGCGCUUAGCGCCACCAAACAGAUCCAGGAAGAGCCACUGCAGCAGCUGCCAGAGAUUGAAUGUGAUACGGUCAAGCAGGUUGAGGAGCAGGCGGCGGUGGUGGAGGAGGAGGAGGAGCAGAAUGAGCAGGGUGAGGACCAGAAACAGAUGCAGGAGCAGGAAGAGGAAUCGGAAUCAGCAAAGAAACUAACAGAUGGGGACAAUGAAAUGAUGCUCGCCUUGGAGGUGGAACCGUUUACCGAAGAGCAGGAAGCUGAAGCCAAUGCUGAAGCCGAUGACGACACAGAGAUGCAGAUCCUAACUGAUGACUGCUCCGAAUAUCCAGAGGAGAACAAGGAAAAUGUGUCCACAUUGGCCACAGAUGACAUCGUUGUCGUCGCCGCUGUUAGUCAUGAAUCAGCCAUGAAUAUCGAGCUGGCCAUAGACAUGAAGGCUGAAGAGAACGUUGCUGCCAAACUGGGCGGGGUUAAGGAGGAGCAAAAGGAUCAGGAUGAUGAGAUACCAUUGGCUGCCAUUGCCGCCGAACAGAAGACGUUGCCCAACUUGGAGCCGACCAAAACUGAAGCCAAUGGCAAGCCAAUGAAGCUCCAGGAUGUCGAAGAGGAUCUGCGACGCCAAAAAGAGUUCCAUUUGCAGAAUCUUGGCUUGCUGACCCAUCAGGCAGCCGAGCAGCUGCGCCAGGAGUACAUCCAGGAGGCGCACACCCGUGCCGUGCAUCAGCAACAAAUGCAACAGCAACAACAACAACAGCACCAGCAGCAACAGAGUGGCAAGAGAUCAGCUGCCAAAGGCGGUGGUGGCAGUGCCUCUCACAUUGAGUCUAGUGGCACCCUCAAAACUGUCAUCAAGCUGAACCGCAGCAGCAAUGGCGGCGCCGGUGGUGCCAGUGGUGUGCCCACCGGAACUGUCAUACACGGCGGUGCCGGGAGCGCUGCUGGAGUGGCUACCUCAAAUAUGGGCAGUGCCACACGCAAGGGUGGCGCUGGCAUCGGUGGUGCAGGCGGUGCAGGCAGCUCGGCGCAUGGUGUGCGUCGCCAAUCGCUCAAGAUGACAUUCCAAAAGGGUCGGGCACGUGGUCAUGGUGCGACAGACCGUGCGGCCGAUCAGCAUGGUGCCCAUGGUGCCGAGGACUCGUACUACACCAUACAGAAUGAGAACGAAGAUUCAUCCCAUUCUGAGGGACAUGGCGGUCAAAUGGAUCACGGCUUCUAUCAGAUGGUGAAGAAGGACGAGAAGGAGAAGAUACUCAUACCAGAGAAGGCAUCUUCCUUCAAGUUUCACCCGGGUCGCCUGUGCGAGGAUCAGUGCUACUAUUGCAGCGGCAAGUUUGGCCUGUACGACACACCCUGCCAUGUGGGCCAGAUCAAGUCCGUGGAGCGUCAACAGAAGAUUCUAGCGAACGAGGAGAAGCUGACGGUGGAUAAUUGCCUGUGCGAUGCCUGCUUUCGCCAUGUGGAUCGGCGUGCCAAUGCCCCCUCCUACAAGAAGCGUAUCUCUGCUCCGGGACACUUGGAGACGAGCAACAACAACAACAACGCUGGCGGUGGCAACGGGAAUAGCAUGGAUAAACAUUUUGCUGGCGAUGCUGGUGGGGAUGGUGAAUUUGCGACGACAUCAUCAGGCGCCGUAUCCGGGGCGACGGCUCAACGCGUGUGCGCCGUUAAGGAUUGCGCCGAUGGUGCCAGCCAUUCUCUACGGCGCAAGUGCGUCCGCAAGACCGUUAAGAAGUGCCUGCUCAACUUCGAGAUACCAGUGGGUACCUCAAACGUUUGGCUCUGUGAGCCUCACUACAACACCGUCAUCCAAUCCUCCGGCUGCGUCCUGUGCAAGCGUCGUCUGGGCAAGAAUCACAUGUACCAUAUAACCUCACAGGACACUGAUCGCUUGGAGAAGGCCCUCGCCGAGAUGGGCAUUCCUGUGCAGCUUGGCGUCGGCACCGCCGUUUGCAAACUGUGCCGUUACUUUGCCAAUCUGCUGAUGAAGCCACCGGACAGCACCAAGUCCACAAAGGCCGAGUUCGUCAAGAAUUACCGCAAGAGGCUGCUAAAGGUGCACAAUCUGCAGGAUGGCAGCAAUGAGGUCUCCGAAGCGGAUGAGGAGGAUGUGCGAGCCACAACCUCAACAGCUGGAGGAGGCGGAGCAGGAGGAGGAAGCGGAGGUGCUUCCACAACGUCGGCCGCUUGUGAUGAAGGCUCUGCGGAUAUGCCAAUGGUAGUGGACUAUGAUGGGCCAACGGAUUCCAACUCGAGCAGCUCCUCAACGACGCCCAUUGGCCAUGGAGCAGGCACCAGCAGCAGCAGCAGCAAACAGAUAUCCAAGCUGCAGGCCAUACUCCAGCAGAAUCUGUCUGGCGAGACGGCGGCCAAUUCGAAUUCCAAUUCCAACUCGAAUUCCAAUUCGAAUUCGAAUGGCAAAGCUAAGGUCGAAGCGGAUAUCUCGAAUGUGCUGCGUGGCAAUCCAAACAUCUCGAUGCGCGAACUCUUUCACGGCGAGGAGGAUUUGGGAGUGCAGUUCAAGGUGCCGUUCGGAUGCAGCAGCAGCCAGCGUACGCCGGAGGGUUGGACACGGGUGAGCACGUUCCUGCAGUAUGACGAGCCGACGCGCCGCUUGUGGGAGAAGCUGCAGAAGCCAUAUGGCAAUCAGAGCUCCUUUUUGCGUCAUCUCAUUCUGCUGGAAAAGUAUUAUCGCAACGGGGAUCUAGUUCUCGCCCCGCACGCCUCGCCCAAUGCCAGCGUUUACACGCAGACGGUGCGUCAACGUCUGAAUUCCUACGAUCAUGGUCAUUGCGGCGGCCUUUUUCAGGGCAAUGCCUCGACAAAGACGAACGCCAGCUCUUUAUCACCCAAUGCCCAAUCCAAUGCCAAUGCCAAUGCCAACUCCCACUCCGGCUCCGGCUCCAGCUCUAGCUCCAACUCCUGCUCUCCUCACGCACAGACCCAAGUCACUGUCAGCUCGAAUGCUGCAUCUGCAUCUGCAUCCUCUGGUGGUGGCGGUGGUGUUCUCGCCAAUGCUCUAACUGAGCAACAGUCAAGCCAGGCAGAAGCUGUCAUUCCACUGGUGGAACUAAACGAUGAUGAUGAUGAUGACGAGUAUAAUAAGAUGGAGGAGGAGGUGUCCUACUACUCCUCGGAGGUGGGUCUCAUGGAACGCCUACGCAAUGUCUCCGUCGACAAGCUGACCAAGCAACUCAGCUCGAAUGCGGUCACAAUCACAGCGCGACCCAAAGACAGUCUCAACAAACGGACUGCAACUGCAGCUGGAGCUGGAACUGGAGGUGGAUCAGGAUCUGGAUCAGGAUCAGGAGUAACUGCAACUGCUGUGCUUAACGAGGAGCCACCGCAAAAGGUGUCUAAGGAUGCACCUCCACUAGUGCCCACUAGCGCGGCAAAUAGUCGCAGCAUCCUAAAGACCAAUCUGCUGAACAAGGCCGUUGAGAUUGUGCCACUUGCUAGUCACCAACAACAACAACAACAACAGCAUCAACAGCAGCAGCAACAGCAGCAACAACAACAACAGUCCAACAAUAAACCCGCCUCCGUUUCCGGUGAAAAGCCACACAAGUUGCUGGACAUGGCCAUUAAGUUGGCCAGCCAUGCUCACAACGAGACCGCAGCAUCCGUGGCGUUGCUCUCUCUGCAGCAGCAGGCACACACACUCACACACACACAGAAGCAGAAACCUUUGACGGCAACAGGCAGCACAACACUUACGCCCACAAUCCUGCAACAACAACAGCAACAGCAACAACAGCAGCUGUCGUCUGCAAAGCCAACAAAGAAUGUGGCACAACUGCUGAGCUCGCCACCAGAGCUGAUUAGUCUGGAGCGGCGCCGCAGCAGCGGUGCUAGUGGUGCCAGUGGUGGCAGUGGUGCUGCUGCUGCUGCUGCCACAGUUCCCUCUUUGGCUGGUAGGCGCUUGCAACUGCCGCGCACUGGAGCAGCUGGCGCUGGAGCUGGGACGCCCAGUGUGAUCAAGUUGCCGGACUCGUUGUCGCCGCAGGAGCGUCAGGACAGCAAGAGCUGGAAGCCAACGUUGAUACCGCUGAAGGAGCAGCACCGGGUGCCAAACAAAUCGCCAACGCUAUUCCAAACCGCCGACGGACGCCGUCUGCCCGCCCAGGUGCAGGUGCAGUCCGGUGGCAAGCCGUACCUCAUCUCCAUCAUUGACUACAACCGCAUGUGCAUUCUGCGACGCGAGAAGCUGAUGCGCGAUGCCAAGCUGAAGCCUGGCCAGUCACAGCAGCAGCGGCAGCAGCAACAGCAGCCGCAAACGGAACAGCAGCAACAGCAAUCCAUGUCCGCUGGACUGAGAUUGAUCAGCAAGAUGACAGCAGCAGAGCAGACUGCACGUCAUCAGUUGCAGCAGCUGCAACAACAACACCACAAGCAGCAGCAGCAGCAACAACAACAGCUGCCAACGCUGCAGCCUGGAGGUGCCAGCAGCGGAUUGCGUCUGGCGCGCUUGGCACCGAAGCCAAUGCCACCACUGAGCAAUCCACAAAAUGCAACUGGAGCCAGCUCACAGUCGUCGAACUAUCCGCCAAUGUUGGUCAAUGCAUUGACAGCGGCAGCACCCGCCAGUGCAGCCGGCAAUAGCAAUGUCACCUUGGACAGCAACAGCUCCUGGUUGUGGAACAACUUUCCCGAUGCCACUCAGUAUCUAUUGAAUGGAAAUGGUAGCGCAGGUUCUUCUCCAGCUGUUGCUGCCAAAUUGCCACAUCUCACAGCGAAGCCGGCGGCAACUGCCACCAGCGGAGGCGGGGGCGGGGUAGUUGGUGUUGGUGGUGUUGGUGGUGGCGUCACCUUCACACUGAAGCAGCAACAGCAACAACAACAGCAGCAAAAGCUCAUCGACAAUGUCAUCAUGUCGAAAAUACCUAAAAGCCUCACAGUCAUUCCGCAGCAUAUGGGAAGCGGAGCUGGAGGAGAUGUUGCCGGCGGGGCAAAGGAAUGAGUACUAACAAUCAGCAACAAUAAAAAUCUGCAACUACAACUAGAAAUACAACCCAAUCCUGCCAGUGAUGAUGGGAAAGCGAAUCAAACAGAACCAUAUAAGGAUAAGAACGAAGAGCAUCUGCAUUUUAAAAGAAACAACAUAAUUAUUUUAAAAAUAAGAGAGAGAAAAAGAGAGAGAGCAGAAGCAAAAGCAAAAGCAAGUGCGGAUCAGAUAUCAAAAUCAGAUUUGAUUAUGAUAAUGAUGACAAUGCAAAUUCCAUAAUAUAUUAUCAUAAUAGUCGAGAAGAUAUAUUAAGAUAUUUUAUAUUUAACACAAAUUGAUAAUGAAACUCCCCCAAAAUCAACAUCAAAACACAACAAGAAAGAAAAGAAAUGAUGAAAAGAACAUAUACACGUUAAGAUUAGGGUCUAGAAUUACGCAUAGUUUACUACAUAUACAGCUAGAGUUGAAAACUAUACAAAUAGAAGAGAUAGAGAUACAUAGCAAACAAAAACAAAAGAACGAAGAAGAAAUUGAAAAAUUCAAAGGCAAGAGAUUUACACAAAAUAUGGUGUGUAUGCUACGAUAAAGAUAGAAAUACGCUAGAUAUAUACUAUAUAUAUAUAUAUAUAUAUAUAUAUAAAGGGUAGUAGUAUUAGUGUUUGGGGUGUGUUUUAUUGAAUCAUUUUUAAGUACGCCUUUAAAGUUAACAUCGUUACACGAUACUGAGAACAGAUAUACCAUACAUAUACAUUAUAUAUCUCCCAUAUAUAUUUACACACAUAAACAAACAAACAAAUAUAUUUACUAUAUUUUUUUAUUAGAUUUUACCGCACAUCAAUUCAAUGGGCAUUCGUGUAUUAUAUAUACCAAAUUGCUAAUGGUUAGCAUACAUGCAUACAUUAUCUGAUACUAUAUAGGAUCCAACUAUAUACACAAAUCAAAACCGACAGAGACAGAAGAGUUAGAAAUAACGAAAGAGAGAGAGAGGAAGAGAGAGUGCAAGUAGAGCACAAACUAAACUAUAUGUAUGUAAUAAUCGACUAUAUGUUUAUAUAUGUUGUAGCAUGAUAACCCCAACACCACGAUAAUCUAACCCAAACUACCCCCGCAGGUGCUGUAAUGCUUAGGGAUUGGGGUUGGUUAGAGUUGGGGUGAUUUGUGUGUUUGUAGGGCUUCGCAGGAAUGCUCUUUUUACAGACUUUAGUUUGUGCAAUCUGUCUUUAUCCGAAUGUCUGCCAGAUUGGUUUCUCCACACACACAAACACACACACAUUUACAAACAACAGUUAGACACAGUUACUUUUAUAGGUAUUUUUUUUUUUUUUAAAUUAACAUUAACAAACAGACUAUAAAUCUAAACAAUUAAAAAAAAGGAUGAACCUAACUAAUCAACAAAUGGAAUUAACGUUUCGAUUAUAGAUAUCUAAUUUAUAUUUCAUUUCAAUUAUUAUUAUUUGUACAUAUUUAUAUACACAGUAAAUAUAAACGAAAACAAAAAACAACAAAAACUAAUCAAUAAAAUCGAUAAUUAAUUUACAUAAAUUUAAACCCAUUCCCUAUUCCUCAGCACAUGAAGUGUUCAAAUUCCAUUUUUCAUUUCGUUCUCUGUGGUUGCUUCUAUAAUUUUCUUUUAGUUCAAUGUUGUCCUUACUGACAUCGGUAUCGCUAACGGUAUCGGCAUCAACAAUGCAACAAAACGAUCAAUCACAAGAGGUCAAUAAACUGACAAUGGCACUCAAAUCACAAAAGCUUUCAAAUGCAAAACAAAUUAAUUAUAUGUAUCUGAUAUAUAUAUAUAUAUAUAUAAAUUUAAGGAAGAGGUUUAAUUGUGAAUUAGCUGAUUAAGCAUAGUUAUAUUUAUACAUAUGAAUUCAAUUGUUGUUGUUAAACAUUGAAAAAUGUAUUUAUAAACCAAACAAAAAUCAAAUUAUGAAUGUUGAGAAUAUUUUCGGUUGUCGUCGUUUUGCCUAAAAAAAAAGAAAGAGAAAAUAGUUAUUUCUAUAUAUACAGAAAUUUAUAUAUAAGAAAACAUACAAAUACAUAUAUAUAUAUAUAUAUACAUAUGCUUUCCCAAGUUAAGCCCGCUUAAAAUAGGGCUUAGGGAUCUAGAGACAUACCAGUAUCCAGUAUAUAAACUGAUCUAACUGAUGCACAUUUGCCUUUAAGAACUUGGUUUUUACAUUGUGUGCAUGUGUGAGUCAUUGUGUAUGUGUGUGAGUGUUUGUAUGUAAAUGAAAAUGUAAGCGUGUGUGUACAUAAUGUUGACUUAUGUAUUCUAAUGAUAAAAAAAAGAAAUAAAACUUGUAUACCAACUACCAAUUACACUUAUUUAUGCAUUAAUUUCAGUUCAUGUAAACAUAAGCGAAGAUCAAAUCCCAUUUAGAUGCGAUCUCCAGUCUUUUGUUACCAUCAAAAUGAAAUUCAAAAUAAACCCCAUAUGAUAAGUACUGCAAA